AUGCUACGGUCAGUCUCAAGAACUGCACUCCUCGGCGCGCCACUGUCGAGACGAACGCUGGCAACCGCCUCGAGCAAGUUCGUCAAGAUCGUCGAAGUCUCGCCCCGCGAUGGCCUGCAGAACGAGAAGACCAUUGUCCCCACCGCGACCAAGAUCGAGCUCAUCCGACGACUAGCAGAGACCGGAGUGCCCGUGAUCGAAGCUGGCUCGUUCGUGUCGCCCAAGUGGGUGCCUCAGAUGGGCGAUACCCCGCAAGUGGUGGCGGGCAUGCCUGUGCACCCCUCGAUAUCCUAUCCCGUGCUCGUACCCAACAUGCGCGGGCUUGAAGGCCUGCAGAAGCUCCUCGCAGACUAUGCUGAUGGCAGCAGAAGGCCACCGCCCACCAACGAGAUCGCCAUCUUCACCGCAGCCUCCGAGGCCUUCUGCAAGGCCAACACGAACUGCACCAUCGCCGAGUCGCUCUCCCGCCUCGAAGCGGUCACCUCCAAAGCCCUCGCGUCCGGCUUGAAAGUCAGAGGGUACAUCAGCACCGUCGCCGGCUGCCCCUAUCAGGGCAAAGUCGAUCCAGACGCCGUCGGCCGCAUCUCGAAAGCGCUGCUCGACAUGGGAUGCUACGAAAUCUCGCUGGGGGACACGAUCGGCGCAGGAACGCCGUCGACGAUGGAAGCGGCUCUGAAUGCCAGCUUGAAACACACCAACGCGCGGGCGGAUCGCUUUGCAGCCCACUGCCAUGACACGAUGAACACGGGGCUGGCGAAUGUGCUGCACAUGGUUCGGCUGGGUGUGCGUACCGUCGAUGCGGCGGUGGGAGGGCUGGGAGGCUGCCCCUACUCUCCGGGCGCGACGGGCAACAUCGAUACGGAGAGCGUUGUGUUUGCCCUGCAUGGCGAGGGGUACGAGACGGGCACGGAUCUGGACAAGCUGGUGGAUUUGGGCGAGUGGAUCAACGGCGAGUUGGGAAGGGCGAAUGCGAGCAGUGCGGGGAGGGCGGUGCUGGCGCAGAGGAAGAUUCGCGCCGAGAGAGAGGCGAAGAGUAAGGUUGCCAAGCUGUGA